AUGCCUCGUAAAUCGGCACUGAACACUGACGGCUUUAAUGCCUUCACCAAGCGCAAUCACAUCGGCAGUAGCGAAGGUAUAGAAAGGAUACUUGGACAUCUCUUCAGCAGCCAGGGGACAGGCGAAACAGCAUCUGAUGACAUCGCGGGCCGCACUAAGAACUGCAGAGAGAUGGAAGUGAUUGACAGCAGCAAGGGUACCAGAUAA